AUGGACGGCAUCGAUCUGACUGCCGCCUCGUCGUCCAACGCCUCGACGCCCGCCACCCAGCCCAAGAAAAAGUCUCGGCGAGCCACCGACCCGGCCACCCAGAAACGGAGAUGCAUCAGCACGGCCUGCGUCGCCUGCCGCCGGCGAAAGUCCAAGUGCGAUGGCGCCCUGCCAAGCUGCGCCGCCUGCGCCAGCGUCUACGGCACUGAGUGCAUCUACAACCCCAACUCGGACCACCGCCGCAAGGGCGUCUACCGGGAGAAGGUCGACAGCAUGAAGGCCCAGAGCUCGACGCUGCAGGUCAUCGUCGAGGCCAUCCUGAAUGCCUCUGAGGAAGAAGUGCCCGACGUCGUCAACAAGAUCCGGACAUGCGACAACCUCGACACAGUUGCGCAGGAGCUCUUGAAGAUGGGCUCGGAAGCCAAGCAAGACGAGGAGGAGGGAACCCCGGAGGAGGAACCCAUGUCUUUUCUGCCCGUGCAAGGAGAACGAGAGCUCGCGGGCAAGAUGGGAGAGCUGCGGCUCGAGAACGGCUCGGUGCGCUUCAUUGGCGGCACCUCUCACCUCAUCUACCUAGGAGACCCUCACCACGACGGCACCGAGUACGAUUCGCCUUCUGAGCCAGGCGUAUGUGAGAAUCCCGUCACGUCCUGGACUCGCGUGACCACUGAUCCACGUCUCAUCAUGCACCUCAUGAACAUGUACUUCAACUACCACUACCCAUACUUCACUACCCUCUCGCGCAAGCUGUUUUGGCGAGACUUCAUGAGGGGCAAGUCCAGAUUGCAGCCGGGCACGACGUACUGCUCAUCGCUGCUGGUCAACGCAAUGUUGGCGCUUGGCUGCCACUUCACAGACAUCCCUGGGGCGUUUGGCAUCCCCGGCGACAGCAGAACAAAGGGGGAUCACUUCUUUGCCGAGGCCAAGCGGCUCAUUGUCGAGAAUGACGAGUAUGAGAAGCCCCGGCUCGUGACCGUGCAAGCCCUGGCACUCAUGUCUGUCAGAGAGGCCGGUUGCGCAAGAGAGGCCAAGGGCUGGGUCUACAGCGGCAUGAGCUUCCGCAUGGCUCUCGACAUCGGCCUCAACCUCGAGAUCGAGGGCUUGGACAAGGAGCACAUGACGGAAGAGGAAAUUGACGCCCGGCGCAUCACUUUCUGGGGCUGCUUCUUGUUCGACAAGACCUGGUCCAACUACCUGGGCCGCCUGCCACAGCUCCCGAGAAACUCCUUCACUGUCUCCAAAGUCGAAGUGUUCCCGGACGAAGACGCAGCGCUGUGGUCGCCCUUCACCGACAAGGGCUUCGAUGAGUCACUUGCGCAGCCGUCGAGGACGCGGGCGGUUGCUCUCCUGCUGUCCAAGCUGUGCGAAAUCAGCAGCGACAUCCUCGUCUUCUUCUACCACCCCAGCCACAUAAAGCGGGCCAGCAGCAAAUCUCUCGAGCUCAAGAGACUCGGCGAGCUGCACCAGCGGCUGGAGGAAUGGCGCAGGGCCGUGCCCAAGGAGUUUGAUCCAAAGGAAGGCUUGCUGCCAAACGUGAUCCUGAUGUUCACAUUCUACCACCUCCAAUACAUUCACCUCUUUAGGCCUUUCCUGAAAUACUCCCCAACCGCAUCUCCACUGCCUCCGCACAUAUCUCCAAGGCGGAUAUGCACCGCAAACGCUGGUGCCAUAUCAAAACUGAUGAGGCUGUACAAGAAGUCCUGGAAUCUCCGACAGAUCUGCAACAUUGCAGUCUACAUGAUUCACAGCGCGUGCACCAUCCACCUGCUCAAUUUGCCGGAAAAGACGGCAAAACGAGACCUGACCCAUGGACUGCGGCAUCUGGAAGAGAUUGCAGAAGACUGGCUCUGUGCUAGGCGGACGCUGAGCAUUCUUAGUGUUUUGGCUCGAAAGUGGAAAUGCGAAAUUCCGGAAGAGGCCGACAUUAUCCUCAAACGAACCGACGAGAGGUUCGAGUACUACAGCACGUCGGAAGUGCCCUCUCCCGGAUCGAGCAACAUAGCCCCCAUCUCACCCGUCACCUCGGAGGAAGGGGCGGCGCAAGCUGCAAGGCACGACUAUGGCCUUGCGAGGCAUCAUCCGACUUCAGAGCCCUUGGCUCAACCGACGAUGCAGACGUCGAUAGAGGAGCGCCUGUCCAUGGACUCGCCCAUGUCCAUUGGCAACGGCAUUCCUCAUGCGGACCAGCAAGGCAUGGGCAUGGACCCUACGCAGAUGGACUAUCAGACCAUCCUCGGCGCAUGGCCACAGCAACUGAGCAUGCCCAUCAGCUCCCCUCCGUCUGGUCUAUCUUCGGGAACCCAAAGCCACAUCUCAUCAGAUAUGGGCCUCCGCCAACAACAACAACAACAACAACAACAACAACAACAACAUCCCAAUCAGAACCAGAACCCUCAGAGCCAGAUCCAGAACAUGGGCAGCAUGGGCAUGGACGGCCGCGAAUGGCUGCUCAGCGACUCGGCGCGGCUGCACCAGAGCUUUGGCAGCUGGGACAUUCGCCAACAGCAGCAGCAGCAGGGCGGCCCUGGGGCGAAUCCGAUCUUCAUGUUUGGUGCUCCUAGGGGAGGAGACGGGGGUGCUAUGAAAGGCGGUCAAUUCGCCGCAAUGGGAGAGUUCUAA